AUGGACAUUCGAGAGACCAUAGGAAAGGCAGAGGACAUUGAUUGCGAAGAAGAUAGUAGGGAUGAUGAUGAAGAUGUACCACAGCGAAGUCAAUAUUCCCGAAAGAAAAGCAAAAUGUUAAAUAGAGGUAGGAAAUUAGUGGCAGCAUGUCUAAAGAACCAUUCGCCACCAGAAGACUUAAUCACCCUUGCUGACUUAGAGGAAUUACCGUCUUUAUUACAAUCAGAUGUAAAUAUUGAUAGACUUGCAGAAUUUUCUGCAAUAAUGCCUUCAGAACAGACACUGGAAAAUCCUCCAUCUACAACAAAUUCCAAUCCUGAAAAUGAUUCCACAAUCAUACUAUCCAAAAUUCCACCAUCGGCACCGUCUACUUCUGCUAUAAAUAAUAAUGAGAACACUGGAAAUGAUAAUUUGCAGGUUUUAGAGGCUGAAGAUAAUACCGAUUUCAGCAGCGAUGACUCUGUGCAAGAUCCAAAUUUUCAGCCAAAUGACAGUCCUGAAAUUUUGUGGGAAAUAUCUAAUCAACAACGAAUAAGAGCUAAACGAGGACGAAGUGAUAAAUCUCAAUGGAUGUAUGAGCAACAAAAAAACAAACGAAUGAAAGGUGAGGGAUAUCUGGGAAGAAGAAAAAACGAAGAGGGAAAAAUUGUGUACGACGUUCAAAAGGCGCCAAAAGAAAUGAAACCUCGGUGUGAACAUAACAAAAAUGCCAAAUUUUUUGAAUGCUAUAAACUCUCGGAUGAUUCAAGAUUACAGAUUUUUAAGCAGUUUUGGCUACUGAAUAGGGAAGCAAAACGUUGUUUCGUCACUCACUUGUACUAA